CGCCAAACGCGUACUGAAGCGCGGGAAACCAGCGGGAAGAGUGAACGAGGAUAGCAAAGUGUGGGUCGGCCUGAUCUGGAUUCUCCAUAGAAUCUAUUGCUGGCCUGAGUUGACGGUACAGGUUUGCACUUUUAACUCCUUAGCUGAGUCAAAUCAAGAUUUAGCCUGAAAACAUGGAGGGGUUUGAUGAUCCUGGGGUGUUUUUCUCUGAUAAUUUUGGUGGUGAUGAUCCGCAAACUCAAGACUCGCAAGUGAACGUUCAAGCGGUGAAAAGAAAAUUGAAAGAAUUUCUACGUCAGUUUCACGAAGGAAAUUUUAAUUACAAAUACAGAGAUACGCUUAAGAGACAUUACAAUCUUGGCCAGUAUUGGUUGGAAGUGAACUUGGAAGAUUUGGCCAGUUUUGAUGAUGCUUUGGCCGAAAAAAUGUAUAAGCAACCUUCUGAAUAUAUACCAGUUUUUGAGGAAGCAGCGAAGGAUGUGGCAGAUGAGAUAACAGCUCCUCGGCCUCUGGGAGAAGAACAUGUGGAGGAUGUUCAGAUUCUUCUAUCUUCGGAUUCAAACCCAGCUUCCCUUAGGAACUUGAAGAGUGAUGUGGUUUCACGAUUGGUGAAAGUUCCUGGAAUAAUUGUGUCAGCUUCUGGCAUUCGAGCUAAAGCCACCAAAAUAUCCAUUCAGUGUCGGUCAUGUCGAACAGUUAUUCCCAAUCUUCCUUUGAAGCCUGGCCUGGAAGGGUAUGUUUUGCCCCGCCGAUGUAAUACAGAACAAGCAGGAAGACCUAAAUGCCCUCUGGAUCCAUUUUUUAUUGUACCAGACAAAUGCUCUUGUGUAGAUUUUCAAGUUUUGAAAUUGCAAGAGAUGCCCGAUUCCAUACCACAAGGUGAAAUGCCUCGUCAUUUACAAUUGUAUUGUGAUCGUUACUUGUGUGAACGAGUGGUACCUGGUAACAAAGUGAUGAUACUUGGCAUUUAUUCUAUUAAAAAAAUAAGUGCUAAAUCGAAUAAACGAGCAGGAAAAGAGAAAGCUAUUGUUGGUAUUCGUGCUCCUUAUUUGCGAGUUAUUGGCAUUCAAGUAGAUGGAGAAGGAGCCAGUUUCACUUCACAGUUACCUAUUUCUGCUGAUGAGGAAGAUGCAUUUCGGAGAUUGGCUAGUAGUCCUGACAUGUAUGAGAGACUUGCAAGGAGCAUUGCUCCAAGUAUUUACGGUUCUGAGGACAUCAAGAAAGCCAUUGGGUGUCUUUUGUUUGGGGGCUCCAGAAAGAAAAUGCCUGAUGGUUUAAUGAGACGAGGUGACAUCAAUAUACUUCUUCUGGGUGAUCCUGGAACAGCCAAGUCACAGCUAUUGAAGUUUGUGGAGCGAGUUGCUCCAAUUGCUGUUUAUACUUCAGGAAAAGGUUCUUCUGCCGCUGGUUUAACAGCUUCCGUAACACGUGACCCUGCGACUAAAAAGUCAAUGAUUGAAUUGAAACUUUUGCAGCGUAACUUUGUGAUGGAAGGAGGUGCCAUGGUGCUCGCUGAUGGAGGAGUAGUGUGCAUUGAUGAAUUUGACAAGAUGAGGGAGGAUGAUCGUGUAGCCAUCCAUGAAGCUAUGGAACAGCAAACGAUUUCUAUUGCAAAGGCAGGCAUCACUACUACAUUGAAUUCACGUUGCUCAGUUCUUGCUGCUGCUAAUUCAAUAUUUGGGCGAUGGGAUGACAUGAAAGGAGAGGAAAACAUUGACUUCAUGCCAACUAUCCUUUCAAGAUUUGACAUGAUUUUCAUAGUAAAAGAUGAACAUGAUGAAGCCAGAGAUACUACUCUUGCGAAACACAUCAUGGGUGUUCAUAUGAAUGCUGGUCAAGGCACUGAUAAUUCAAGUGAAGGAGAACUGUCAUUGAUUUUCAUCAAGAAGUUCAUUAAUUUUUGUCGAAGAACUUGUGGGCCACGUCUCUCUGAAGAAGCUGGUAAUAAAUUGAAAAGUCGUUAUGUGUUGCUUAGAAGUGGUACUCGAGAACAUGAAUUAGAAACAGACAAGCGAUUGUCUAUUCCAAUAACUGUCAGGCAAUUGGAAGCAAUAAUUAGAAUAGCUGAGUCCCUGGCAAAAAUGCAAUUGCAACCUUUUGCAAACGAGAACCAUGUAAGUGAAGCACUGAGAUUGUUCCAAGUAUCAACACUUGAUGCAGCUAUGUCUGGAAGCUUGGCUGGUGCAGAAGGUUUUACCACUGAAGAAGACCAUGAGAUGUUGACGCGUAUAGAGAAGCAACUUAAAAGACGCUUUGCUAUAGGCUCACAAGUUUCAGAGCAUAAUAUUGUUCAAGACUUCUUGAGACAGAAAUACCCUGAGAGGGCAAUUUUUAAAGUAAUCCACACAAUGAUUCGCCGAGGAGAAUUGCAACACCGCAUGCAACGGAAAAUGCUGUAUCGAUUGAUGUAAGACACACUUGCUGAAAUUCAACUAUAGUAUUUUUUUUUAAAAAUAGCAUACCCCUUCCAGCACAAGAAAUCAAAUAUGCGACCAUUUUCUCCUUGAUCCAAGGCAUCCAGCUGAGUCAUUUCACUGUCACUCAAAUCAAAAUCAAAUAUCUCAAAAUUCUGUUUAAUUCUGUCUGGAUUGGCACUCUUUGGAAUGACAGGUAUCCCAGAUUGCACAAGGUGCCUUAAAAGGAUUUGUGCUGGUGUUUUCUUAUAUUUGAAGGCUAAUUCACUCACAGCAGGUGUCCCGAGCACAUCAGGAAACUUGUCAGGACUGUAGUUGUAUUUCUUCAUAAAGUGUGCCUUCGCUCCUGGAGACCCGAGAGGAGAAUAAGCAAUAACGGUUAUACCCUGUUCCUUGCAGUAGUGGCGAAUUUCCUUCUGUUGGAAAUAUGCAUGCAGUUCCACUUGGAGGACAACAGGAGGUAUUCGAGAAUUCUUGAUGAUUCGGUCUAUUUGAGAUAUAUUAAAAUUAGACAAACCGAUUCCCUUCGCUUUACCUGCAUCUACUUGCUCCUCUAGUGCCUUCCAAAUAGCCAAAUGGUCAGUGCCCUUAUCUAAAACCCAGUUUCCGUUUUCUUCAGCAGGCACUUCUCCACUGCUGUCAGGAAAAAAAGCAAAGGGAUGGUGAAACAAAUAAAGGUCUACAUAAUCCAACUGAAGGCGUUGGAGGGAUUUUUUCAAAUAUUUAGGAACGUCUGAAGGUCGAUUUCCAAAAUGAGGCAGCUUCGUCGUUAUGAAUAUAUCAUUACGUUUAAUCUUUCCAGCAUCCAUCCAUUCUUUGAGAACAUUGCCGAUUGUUUCUUCAUUGGUAUAAUUAAAUGCAGUAUCGAUAUGCCUAUAGCCGGCUUUAAGAGCCUCCUCCAAUGCAGCUUUUACUUCUUCUGAUUUUGCCUGCCAUGUUCCUAGACCCACUAAUGGAAUUUUCUGACCGCUUUGCAGCGCAAUACUGUUUGGUAAAGUCAUUAUCUUGCCCUCUGCACUGUGAACAACUCGUUUCGUUGAUUAUACGCGUACGCGUGUGUUCCUGUGUUGGGUUAUUUCUGACGCUGAAACCUUUUUGUACUAUUUUAACCGCCGGUUGAGAGGACACACAGGAUCGAUGAGGACACAGAAACUGGAGGAAGAC